AUGAUUCGUGGCUGCUCGCAAUUAACUGCCCUGGUGUCACGCCGAGUCGCUUUUGACAACCCGGUCAAAGGCGAAGCGCCCAUCGGGAACUCACCAAUGAACAUGCAAGCUCCCUCCCCACGACCAGGUGAUUGUAGGCUAGUCGUGCCCAAUCCCGCAGUAGUUUCUGCAUUGGACGAACAGGGAUCGAUUCUUCAUCGCACAUUCCCCGGAGCGGCCAGUCCGCGCCCGGUACGACUACUGUAUAUAUGCAAUCUCACGGCCCGGGGGCUUUUACCCUCGAAGUCCUGGCGUCUUUCACUCCGUCAUAUCUUUCUUCGCCUCUGGCUCUGGUAG